ACAGACACCUACUCUUCUUCUCGCCUCGUGUUUUCCAUCUGAUUCUCAGUUUCUCCGUCCGAUUCUCGUCUCCCAUCGGAAUUCGGAGUUCUUCUGAUCUGUCAGUCAUCAAUGGCAGCAAUGUCAGGGAAGAUUGUUCAAAAUGUUUGUUUAGCACAGUGCUCCCAACAAAAUAGGCAGUUCCGAACCCAAUACCAAAGGGACAGUUGUGCCCCUUAUACGCGCACCUUGCUUCCCUUUCAUGGGGGGAAGUUGGCAUGGACUGGCAUCUCUUCCAUGCAAGUUCACACCUUAUCAAAGUACCAGAGUGCUUUUGUUAAUCAUGGUCAUGGAACUGUUUACUGCAAUGCUGUUCCAUCUGCAACUGCAAUAUCGUCUCUUGACAAAGUUGAUUUUCUGAAGCUUCAGAAUGGCAGUGAUAUUCGAGGUGUGGCUGUUGCUGGUGUUGAGGGAGAACCUAUAAACCUUACAGAGCCAGUUGCUGAAGCAAUAGCUGCAGCUUUUGCUGCAUGGUUAUCGAAAAAGAAAAAGGCUGAUACUCCUCGACGUUUGAGAGUUUCCAUUGGUCAUGAUUCUCGUAUAUCAGCACAAACUUUACAGGAUGCAGUUUCCCGAGGCAUUACUCGUGCAGGACUUGAUGUUAUUCAAUAUGGUUUAGCAUCUACACCAGCAAUGUUUAAUAGCACACUUACCAAAGAUGAGACAUUUUUAUGUCCAGCCGAUGGGGCUAUAAUGAUAACAGCUAGUCAUCUUCCUUACAACAGGAAUGGAUUCAAAUUCUUCACAAGUGCUGGAGGUCUCGGAAAAGCUGAAAUUAAAGAAAUCUUAGAACGUGCUGCAGAUGUAUACAAAAGGUCUGCAGCUGAAGGAUCUUUGGAUGGGAAAGUUUCUUCAUCAGUUAAAAAAAUUGAUUACAUGACUCUAUAUACAUCUGAUCUUGUAAAGGCUGUCCGCAAAGCUGCUGGAAAUAUAGAGAAGCCGUUGGAUGGUUUCCACAUUAUUGUUGAUGCAGGAAAUGGAGCAGGAGGAUUUUUUGCUGCCAAGGUGCUUGAGCCUCUAGGAGCUAUUACUACUGGUAGUCAGUUCUUGGAGCCAGAUGGAAUGUUUCCAAAUCAUAUUCCCAACCCAGAGGAUAAGGUUGCAAUGAAAGCCAUUACGAAGGCAGUUCUUGAUAACAAGGCUGAUUUAGGGAUCAUCUUUGAUACAGAUGUUGACAGGUCUGCCGCUGUGGACUCUUCUGGUCGUGAGUUCAAUAGGAAUCGUUUGAUUGCUUUAAUAUCUGCGAUUGUUCUUGAGGAACAUCCAGGAACAACCGUUGUCACAGACAGUGUCACUUCAGAUGGGCUUACUUCCUUCAUUGAAAAGAAUCUUGGGGGGAAACACCGUAGGUUCAAAAGAGGCUACAAAAAUGUCAUUGAUGAGGCUAUUCGAUUGGUAAGUCAUUGUCUCACUGUUGAUAAUAUGCUCUUAGACUCCAUCCAUCCAAGCAGGAACUGUUUACAGAACUCUGUUGGAGAAGAAUCAUAUCUGGCCAUUGAAACCAGUGGCCAUGGAGCUCUCAAGGAGAACCACUGGCUUGAUGAUGGAGCAUACCUGAUGGUCAAACUCCUAAACAAACUAGCUUCAGCUAGGGCUUCUGGAAGAAGUGAUGGCAGCAAAGUUCUAACUGAUCUGGUUGAGGGUCUGGAGGAACCAGCUGUUGCUGUGGAACUGCGAUUAAAGAUUAAUCAGAGUCAUCCAGAUCUUAAAGGAGGAUCUUUCCGGGAUUAUGGGGAAGCAGUGCUGGAACACUUAGAGAACUCUGUAAAUUCAAAUCCAAAGCUUCAGAAAGCCCCUGUAAACUAUGAAGGAGUUCGAGUUUCUGGAUUUGGAGGGUGGUUCCUUCUUAGACUUUCACUUCAUGAUCCUGUUCUUCCUCUUAAUAUUGAGGCACCAAGCAAUGAUGAUGCUGUGAAACUUGCACUCACCGUGGCUGCUGCUGUUAAAGGGUUCCAUGCCUUGGACACAUCUGCAUUAGACAAAUUUGUCCAAGCACCAUAAGCCAAACCUCUUUCAGCUUUGAUGUUCCAUCUUCCACUGCAAGAUCAGUGCCUUCAAUGCUUGAUGGUUGAAUCUGCUGCUGUAAUAAUGGUGGUUUGAGACCAUAGAAAACUUUAUAUGCCCAGUAAAGUCAGACCAUAAUAGUGGCCGAUGAACCGAUCAAACAAUACCCAGUUUUGCAGUUUCUGAAUUAUAGUUACUAUCCAAAGACAUUCUGAAUAAAAUAGCAUUGAUCAA